GACGUGGAUUGUGAGGUUGGCAAUGUGCAGUCUCAUGUAUAAAAAGGAAUGAAACUGUGAUUUUUGUUUGCGCCAAUCAACUGAACCAAUCAUAGCCAACAAAACAUAGUAGCUAGCUAAGUCUAAGCUGCUUUGUUUGUUGAGUUGUGAUGGGCGUUUCCUCUGAUCUCUUGGCUUUGGCCUCCCUACACGGUGACGGUGACGUUGAUGGUUACAUCUCCAUAUGCGGCUACGGUUCUCUCCUCUCCGAGAAAAGUGCUAGAAGCACGUUUCCUCACCUAAUUAACUUCCGAACCGCCAGGUUAACUGGUUUUCGCCGUCUCUUCUCGGUUGUAGGAGCCUUCUUUUUUAAUCAUGGCAUAGCCAACCUCAAAACUCAGGAAGUUGCUGGCCUCUCUGUUGAACCUUGUCAAGGUGAAACCAUUAUAAUUACUGUUUUUGAUAUUAAGAAAUCAGAGAUUCCAGCAUUUAUCAAAAGAGAGCGCGAAUAUCGCUUUUUAUCUGUUUUCCCUGAAUCACUAGAUGGGGUGCCAUUUACCAGUCCAGCAGUCCUAUGUGCAUCUUACACUGAUGAGGAAUUCUUUAAAUUUAAAUGUUGUGAGGGAAGGGAAAUAUAUUUUAAACAAUAUGGGGAAUACAAUAUCCAUAAGAUUUGGCGUGAUGACGCGUUACCAUGUCGUGUUUAUCUUCGACACUGUGUCCUGGCAGCAAAAAGCUUAGGUGAUGAAGCUUACAGUAACUUCUUGGACCAUACCUUCAUUGCUGAUCGCGAAACAACAAUUCGCAAGUACUUUGAGAAAAUGGGCACAAGCAUCAUGGAUGAAGAGCCUCCUGAAUCUUUAAAAACACGUUACGGAGGUUGAUCAGAUCCAAUAGUCGAUACACUUGUCAUCAAGGCUCUAACCUACGGGGUUUUCCAUUUCUGAAUUUGAUUAUCCUCAUGUACUUUCAAUGUGUGAAGUAUUGAUAAUUGCAUUCUUUGCACAGAUUGUAUCAGAUACGUGUCCGAUAUUGAUGUAUGUAUGCAUCAUCUAUGGUGGUCGCACGGUGCAAAGACCUAGCAUGAAAAGAAACUAUGUAUAGAUUCAAAAAUUGUGAACUUUCCUUAUUGGUUGUAAUAUGUAAACCAAAAUCUAUUCAAACAAAAUCUCCUCUUAUUUGGAGUAAACUU